AUGUAUCAUUUUGAAGAGGAACUCACUUGUUCCAUUUGUUAUAGUAUAUAUGAAGAUCCCCGUGUAUUACCCUGUUCACAUACAUUUUGUAGAAGCUGUUUGGAAAGUGUUCUUCAGUUAUCAAGCAAUUUUUCUAUAUGGAGACCUUUAAGAGUUCCCCUGAAGUGUCCCAACUGUAGAAGAAUUGUUGAAAUCCCUCCGUCUGGUACAGACUCCUUGCCUAUAAACUUUGCACUAAAAGCUAUCAUUGAAAAAUACCAGCAAGAGGACCAUCCCGAUGUGGCUACAUGUAGUGAACAUUAUAGGCAGCCUCUAAAUGUUUAUUGCCUUCUAGAUAAAAAAUUGGUAUGUGGCCAUUGCCUUACAAUAGGAAAACAUCAUGGCCAUCCUAUAGACGACCUUCAAAGUGCCUACAUGAAAGAAAAGGAGACUCCUAGCAAACUCCUUGAGCAGUUGACUGAUAAACACUGGAGUGAAGUAUGUUUGCUUAUUGAGAACUUGGAGGAGCAGAAAGCCCAAUGUGAAAUCAUUGUUCAGGAGGAUAAGAAAACUGUGCUGCAGUAUUUUAAGAGACUGAAUGAUGUACUAGAUCAUAAAAAACAAGGUUUGCUUGCAUCACUGGAUGAAGUGAAUACACAGAUUGCUGCCAAAUAUGAGCCGCUCAUUGAAAAGAUGAAGGGAAUACGAGAAGAGCAACUUGAAUUAAUGUCUCUGAAUACAUCCAUUCAGGAGGAAGAGUCUCCCCUUCUUUUUCUAGAAAAAGUUGAGGGUGUUCGUCAGCGUGUCAAAGCUUUGAAGGAAAAGCCAUUACCAAGUAUUAUGCCUGUUGAAAUCUACCCUCGAAUAGGGCAGGUGUUAAAAGAUGUGUGGACCAAAACUGAAAUUAGUCAAAUUAAUAAGAUUCUCACUCCUCAGAUAAAGCUAAUUUCCAAAGGAAAAGUGUGUCAUGGCUGUGAAAAGGAAAGCAGUAAGCAUAAAGGAUGCUGGCCCUUAAACCUAGUAGUUACAAUAAUAUCAUUGGUUGUGGCAUUUUUUUUCUUUUUUAACACACACUUUUCAGUUGUACAUGAAGUUGCCUUCCCUUAUGUUCUGAAUGUCUUACAAAAUGUUUAUUGUGUCUCAAAUGAUAGAUUGCAGAUUGCAGUGGAAGUUGUGUGCCACAGCUGUAAUCUGUUUGAAUACCUGUGUAAAGUAGUUUCUUCUUCCCUAUGAAUAUUUCUCGUAAUGAGAGCAGCUACAUGAAAAUCAGGACAAGAAACAGCAUGGAUUGGGU